GACACUCAUCUAUAUCCAAACACAAACGUUGAUUACAAACUAUAUAUACAUAUAUAUUAUUUAAGUUUAAAAUUGUAGGCGUGCGCAAUACAUAGCAGCAUCCGUUUUUACCACCACUACAAUCAACCCCUUGUGUAAGAAAAAAAAAGACAGACCAAUACCAAAGUGAAUGCGUACACGACAGCCACUGCUCGCCAUUCGAUUUCAGUUGGUUUGAGUUUAGUCUCGACUUGAAACACUGUGCCAGUUGUUCCUUGGCAUUCGUUGUCAGCACAUCCUUUUUUUGUGAUUUAAUUUUUUAAAUUAAAUUUAUCAACAAAAUACGGUGAAGAAAAUCAUUUUGAAAAAAAUACAACGAGGAAAAUUUUAUCUGCUUUUUAAAGUUUAAUACAAGUUCUUGUUGUUGGGUUAUUUUUUUUUUUUUUUUGAAAGUUUAAAAAAUUUUUAAAAAUGAGUAAAAAUUAUCUCAACGGUGUUCUGUUUGCGUGUUGGUUGUUCAUUGGAUUGGCAGCAUUAGUGCAUGCCGAUUCACAGGUCAAAGAACUUAAAGUUGAAAAAAUAUAUGUGCCAGAAGAAUGCACUGUUACAUCGAAGAAAGGUGAUCAAGUUACGAUGCAUUAUACUGGAACACUCGUCGAUGGAACUAAAUUUGAUUCAAGUUUGGAUAGAGAUCAACCAUUUGCAUUUCAAUUGGGUGUAGGUCAAGUUAUCAAAGGAUGGGAUCAAGGUCUUGUUAACAUGUGUGUUGGUGAAAAACGUAAAUUAGUUAUUCCACCAGAACUUGGAUAUGGUGAUCGUGGUGCUGGAAAUGUUAUUCCAGGAGGUGCUACUCUUGUAUUUGAUGUUGAAUUAAUAAACAUCAGUGAUUCACCACCAACAACAAAUGUAUUUAGAGAAAUUGAUUCUGAUCAGGAUAAUCAAAUUUCUCGCGAGGAGGUUAGUGAAUAUUUGAGAAAACAAAUGGUUGAAGCUGAGCAAACUGGUGAAAAUAGUGAGGAUGUUAAAAAAAUGAUUGCUGAUCAUGAUAAAUUGGUGGAAGAAAUAUUCCAACAUGAAGAUGGUGAUAAAAAUGGUUUUAUUUCAUUUGAUGAAUUUAGUGGUCCAAAACAUGAAGAAUUGUGAGGUAAUUAAAUUAAAUCAUGGUUAAUAUAAAGAGAGUGUUGUCAUCAUUAAAAUAAAAAGGAAAAAAAAAAA